GAAAAAACAGAUAAAUUUGAGAAGAGUACUUUUGCAACGACGACCGAAAAAGAUCCAGAUGAUCAAUUAAAUUAUAAAAAUGUGGUGAUGGCUCUUUACUCACCAGUCACUAAGUCAGGUCCAUGUAAAUACCUUGAUGGAUCACGAAAGCAAAACCAUCAGUGUCGAAGAGAUUCCGGUCUUUCUGAUGCACUUAGAGAUGCAAAACGUUUAGCAUUAUCACACUGUGAAGAACAAUUUAAAUAUGAUAGAUGGAAUUGCUCGAUAGAAACACGAGGCAAACGAAACAUCUUCAAAAAGGUUUACAAAGAAACUGCAUUUGUCCAUGCUUUGACAGCGGCUGGUCUCACUUAUCAAAUUUCUCGGGCAUGCGCCGAAGGAAAAAUGACGCGAUGUCAAUGUGCAAACGAACGUCGUCCUGAUACCGCAACAAAACAAUUUCGCUGGGGUGGUUGCAGCGAUAAUGUUAAGCAUGGCAAGAGAGUGGCACGAAACUUCUUAGAACUGCAUUCAGUAGAUGGUGAAGGUGAUGAAGCUACAGCGUUAUUGCGUCAUGACAGUGAAGUCGGCAUUAUGACUGUUGUCAGUUCACUUGGAGAGAAAUGCAAAUGCCAUGGUGUUUCGGGCAGUUGUUCGAUGCAAACAUGUUGGAGAAAAUUGAGCGGUUUCAACACAACAGCAGCUGCAUUACGUGUGAAAUAUCAUCAAGCAAUCAGAAAAAUUUCAUACGCCAAAGCUUCACGUCGUGCAGCAAACAGAGAACGUCGCGAACGUUUGGUAACGAUUGGAACAGGCUUCAAUGCUCGUGGAUUCCCCGUCAUUGGUAUUGGUGAAUCUCUGCAAGAUCCUAGCUUCGAGCAACUGUUUUAUCUUGAACAAUCUCCAACAUUUUGUGCUGUUACAAAAGGACGACAAUGUCUCAGUCCCGACAAUUGUUCAUCAUUGUGCUGCGGUCGCGGUUAUACAACGAGAGUCAUAAAGCAGGUCGAAAAGUGUAGAUGUAGAUUUACAAAUGGUAGAUGUUGCAAUGUUGUUUGCGAUUAUUGCGAAAAGUAUGAAGACCGGUAUUUCUGUAAAUAAGAAGAAGAAAGUAAUUAAAAAUGUUAAAUGAGAAGGCGCUCAAGUUUAUACUUUCAAAAGCUCAGCUAUGGAAGCUCAACUCAUUAAUUCAUAAACAAAGAAUGAAAGAUAGAAAAGAUUUAAUAGUGAUACAUUCAUUGAAGUCUUGAAGAUCAAGAAAUACUCCGAUUGCGGAAGUAAAAUUCGGUAUAUUUUAUAAUAGCAAAUUUUUUGAAAGGAAGAGCUUUUUGUACUAGAUUCUAUUCCUUUCUCACACAAGGAUUAUACUAGAUUAACAACAUGAGCUUUUAUGCUGUAAUAUUUUCCAUUUCUAACUGAAUGAAC